AUGUUGCAAUAUUUUCCCCAUCCUUCCGUAUCUCAGGACACGAUACGCACGAGUAUUGUGAAUACAGUCCGGGAUGAAUUACUAUCUGCUUAUUCUGAGGCUGCUGAUUUGCUUGCUGAAGUGGACCGUCUGAAAGAAGAGGUUACUCGAUUGCGUGGUUAUCAGGCAGCGUUCUACGCUUUACGUCCGUUUGUCUCUGCCGAAUUGUGGGAGCACUUGAAUACGCAACAGGCUCGAUUACAAUUAGUACAAUCCACUCCUUCCCUGCUUCCAACAAACACCAGCAGUUCGGUUCCGGCCACCUCAGCUCCAUCGGUUCGCCCGAACUCGCCUCAACAUGUGGAUUGA